GUCGAUUCAUUUUCUCAUUCACGUCUUCCUCCUUACUUUUCGCGCUUCUCCGUUUUCCCAUCAAAAAUGUGUCCCACCGGCCGGACCCUGACAUCUUCGUCCUCGUUCUCCGACCUCCGCCCCGCAUUCGACAUCCUCGACGCCGACCGCGACGGCAAGAUCAGCAAGGACGACCUCCGCGCCUUCUACGUCGGAUUCUCCUCCUCCGGCGCCGACGAGAGCCUCAUCCGCGCCAUGAUGUCCGCUGCCGACUCCAACUCCGACGGCUUCGUCGAGUACCACGAGUUCGAGCGCGUCCUCGCCUGUCAGAACCCCUCCGGCGUCAUGGAGGACGUGUUCAAGGUCAUGGACCGCGACGGCGACGGCAAGCUCAGCCACGAAGACUUGAAAAGCUACAUGAACUUGGCCGGGUUUCCGGCCAGCGACGACGACAUUGCGGGGAUGAUCAAAUUGGGCGGCGGAGAUGAAGCUCAAGGCGUGGACUACGCCGGGUUGCUGAAGAUCCUGGCCGUUGAUCAAGCCAGCUAGAGUCGGUAGAGUCUUUGUUAAAUACAUGUGAUUUCCAGCUGUGGAAGUAAGAUGAAAUUAUUAGGAUUUUUCGAGGUGAAAUGGGAAACAAAAUUAUUGCUGUUGUUUGAAUCUGAAUCUGAUUCCAAAAACAAAACAAAACAAAGUUUCUGGCUGUGUUUUAUUUCUGGGUCGGUUUUGUUACAAUUUUUGUUUGUUAGCUAAUUCUUCUUGGGUGGCUCCAAACAUGUAUUGUAGAAAAAUGGAGAGCAUCUUUUUGGGAUUUUUCUUGUACCUCAUCAUAUUCGAUUUUGUGUCAUGAAAUGCAGAACGUCGAUUUUGUUUGAA